AUGCUGGAUCCUUGCAAGCCCGAGCCAACGGUGGUGAUCAUUGGCGCGGGGAUGGCAGGACUCUCAGCGGCCCAUCGAUUGGCACAGUGUGGUCUUCAGAAUUUCACGAUAUUGGAGGCGACGGAUCGACCAGGUGGGCGAAUCCACUCGUGCUGGUUGGGCGACGUGGUGGCGGAAAUGGGAGCCACCUGGAUCGAGGGGGGAUGUGUGGCGAACCCCGUGUUCACCCUGGCGGCCCAAGAAGGUCUCCUGAAGCCGCCGGUUUUCAGGCCCGAUCCUAGCCACGGUCUCUUCUGCACCAGCGACGGAAGAGCCAUCGACCUUCCCGUCAGCAUCACCGCUUAUCACACCUUUCGUCAAAUCGAGCAACAAGCAGCGACCCUCUUCUCCCUGGGUUGUGGCCGCACCCACGGUACGUUGCUGAAUUUCAUGGGCGUCAGAAUUCAGCAGGAGCUCCACAAUUUCCCGGAGGAGCAACGAUAUGACGCAGCCAGGGUGAUGUACGGGAUGACGAACUGCGUGAGGUGUCGUUGCGGCGAUGACCUGUCGCUCGUUUCAGCCGAUCAGUUUGGAAGCUACAUAGAGAUCCCCGGUGGCAACGUGAGGGUGCCCCUUGGAUACGUGGGGGUCCUUGCUCCGUUGCUGAGGGAUCUGCCGAGUUGCUCCCUCAAGUACUGCAAACCGGUGAGUUGCGUGCGAUGGGGGGCCGUGACGGAUUCCUGUCCGCGAGCGGUGGUGAAGUGCUGCGACGGCGACGAAUUCCCUGCUGAUUACGUGAUCGUCACCGUGUCCCUCGGCGUUUUGAAGCACCAACACGACAAACUCUUCUGCCCGGCGCUGCCAGCGGAGAAAGUCGAGGCCAUCUCUAAAUUGGGCUACGGCUACGUUAAUAAAAUAUUCUUGGAAUACGCGAGACCGUUCUGGGUAUGGAAGGAAGGAGGUAUCAAGCUGGCCUGGUCGGCCGACGAACUCACCGACAGAUGCGACUGGGUGAAAGGGAUUUCUAAUAUAGAGGAAUUGUCGACCUCGCAGCACGUUCUAUGCGCGUGGAUUUGCGGCCGCGAGGCGGCUGAUAUGGAACUGUGCUCCGACGAGGAGAUCGUGGAAUCGAUAACAAGAGUUCUUCGACAAUUCACCGGUGAUCCCACGCUGCCAUACCCGGCUAAUCUUCUCAGAAGCAAAUGGUGCAUGGAUCAAUACUUCGCCGGUGCAUAUAGCUACAUGGGCCUCGACAGCACUGUCGGUCAUCAGUGUGAUCUAGCUAGUCCUUUGCCAGGUACAUGCGAGCCGAUACCACCGAUCCUCCUGUUCGCUGGGGAAGCCACGAUCCCGGGUCACUAUAGCACAGUUCACGGGGCGCGAUUGAGCGGGAUUCGCGAGGCUGAGAGGAUAAUUCAGCUGACCAAACGAUUCGGAGGCCCUCCAAAGAAAGACGAGAAGCGUAGCUGAAUCUCUUCGUGAUUCUGCGAGAGUAUACAAAAAAAAAUUAGUUAACGUCGCAGCAAAUGUGUAUGUACAAUUGUCCACGAGAGGUGUCAGUUCGAACAGCGAAACGUUAUUUGUGUUAGAUAUUUUCGGAGAGGUAUACUUACGCCUUUUCGAUUGAAUUAUUCUGUCUU